AUGUUCAAGGGAUUAAGGAAAAAGGCACUGGCUUUGCUGUUGUAUUCACAGCCUACAAGGGCAGGCGGAAUGGCUAAUGAUCCGUCUUCUUAUGAUAAGAUUCUUAAGCAGGUUCAUGACUUCGAGACGGCUUUCAAGGCGAUGGAUUAUUUAUUAGACGAUAGGACGCAAGAUGGAAUAGAUCUCUUACAGGAGCAACAGAAAAGACAUGUGAAAACGGAAUCACAACAGCCUGCGGCUAUUUUUCCAUUGGCGCUAGGGGUAAUGGAGUUCAUCGAGGCAACAUUAGGGUUUGAGCCGGAGGUGAUGGAGCGGGCGCAUCAGACGUUAUCGGAGGCAGAGGCGGCAUCGAUGAAUAAUGUGAAAUACAAUGUUCGAUACCUGCUAGGGACGUCGCAUAUAUAUCCACCGGGGACUGAGUUCCAAGUGACGAAUGCGGAACUGACGUUGUUGAAUGCGUUGCUUAUGUUGUUGCAGGAGAGCAAUGGGGUGGUGGAGAGUGCCAAGGCAUUGUUUAAGUUGCGGAAAGCGUACCAGACGUUGGAUUCGAUCUACAAAAAGAUCAAGGAACUGGAGCCUGUCUUCAACAAGAACUUGGCCAAGUUGAAAAAGGAGGCGUCGUUACAGCACGAGGGUAAUUCUGCCAAUGUGAGCACCGUCGACUUGCCAGGGUAUCUGAACCAGUCGCUGAGGGGUGGCUCAAGCGCUUCAUUGCCACAAGACGUCAAACUAUUGAAAAAUUUGGAAACCGUGUACCAAAUGAGAAAGUCUCGUAUUGAAGGUACGAGUUUGAAUGAUCCUUCUCAGGCGCUUAAUGUUAACAUGUAUGCUGCCACGUCGUCGGGGGAGCUGUCGGUAUCUGUUGCAUCGGCUGUUAAUAGCGAUUCAGGAGGAAGACCCGAGUCUCCUAGAGCAACAACUUUGUCGCAAAAUGCAAAAUUCAGAAAUCCAAUCCCGUCGUCUGCGGAUGAUGAAUUUGAUGAUGAAGACGACGAAUUUUCUGACGCUUCGGAUACCUUCCACAGUUUUGGAAAUCUUUCCAUUCCACACCUGAUGCAUAAAUCAUCGUCCUUGGCCAAUUCACAGGUUUUGGACAAUGCUGAAUCCUUUGUAUCUGGAGCCAAUUCGUCGUCUAUUUCAUUAAGGAACUCUGACCAAGAGGAUAAUCAUAUGCAUGUUUCUACUGUUGAUGAGUAUAUACAUUCAGGGGUUCAGCUUUGUUUUGGUAUACUUCAAGUUGUUCUUUCUUUAAUUCCGCCUACUAUUGGUAAGGUCUUAUCAAUUGUUGGUUUUAGAGGUGACCGUGAAACAGGGUUAAAAAUGCUCUGGAGAACAGCAAUCACGAGUAGAAAUAUACACGGAGAAUUAGCUCUAUUAUGCUUAUUGGUCUUUUAUGAUGGUCCUAUUCAAUUUAUAGACGAUGGUUAUCAGUUACCAGGACAAGAGGAUGCCAACGUUUCUGAAGUCAUCUCGAUUGAUAAAAAGUCGAAUAUUUCUGACAAAGAACUCGAAAUAAUAUUGAAAAACCCUGCCUUGUAUACGCCUCAGCUUUUAACUAAGGUCAGAGGUUAUUUCCCUCAUAAUGCCUUAUGGUUAUUACAAGAAGGUAGGAUGCUAGCUGCCCAAGGCCAGCUAGUAAAAGCUGCUACUCUCAUGCAAUCAUUCACAGACAAUCCAGAGACGAAAAUAAACAUGCAGCAAGUUGAAGCCUUGCUUAUAUUUGAUAGAGCAAUGUUAUAUGCUUUUAAACAUGAUUAUGACGAAGCAGCAAGAGAUUUUAUAUAUUUGCUUGAUAUUAAUUCUUGGUCCAAGAGUAUCUAUUUAUUUUUUGCUGGAAGUUGUUAUUUGGAAAAAUGGAGGAUGAUUAAAUUAGGGAUGAUUGAAGUAGAAGAUAGAGAGAAGUCAUUAAAAUACUAUGGGGAUCAAGCAGAACUUUACCUUAAGAAGGCUCCAACAUAUGUCCCUGGUCAUGGAAUUAAUGCUUCUAAUAAAAAAGGGGGAAUUGGUGGUGGUAAUAAGCAAAUGCCAUUUGACAAGUUCUUGUUGAGAAAGCUUCAACAUAUUGAAAACUGUCAAAAGAAACAUCCCAAAUUGUCGUUUUUGAAUUGUUUUGGUACAUCUCCAAUACACGAACUCAUAUAUUUCUGGAAUGGUUAUAAUAGAAUGAAUGAAACUGAGCUUAAAUUGACAUUGACAUUACUAGGAUACUCCGGUGCAGUGAAUUCAGAUUAUUCGGCUAACAAUAAUGAACAAAAUUUUGCAAAAUUCGAAGAGAAUGAAGAUGAAGCCAUGAUAAGAUAUUUGUUCCAAAGUAUUACUCUUCGACUGUUGAAUAGGCUUUCAGAAGGUGUUUCCUUAUUAGAUUCACAUGUGAUAUCUAAAUUCGUUACCCAGGACUCACCAAAUAUGCCAUUUAAAUUUAUAAAGAUGACUUACAGUCCUUACCUAUAUCCUACAGCCCUUUAUGAGCGUUCGAUGUUUGUUUGGUUACUAAGGACAUCUAAGAAGUCUGCAAAUCUUAGAGAGGCAAUUGAAGAAUCAAAAUCCUGGUUGAAAAAGUCAGAAAUGGUUGGAGAUGGUGAUUAUGAGUUAAGUAAUAGAACUGGAAUGAAAAUUAAGGCAGCUGGUGAUAGAUUGGACCAAUUCAAAACGCAAAUAUAA